AGUCAAUCGACCAGCACGAACCAGAGGUUCUUCCACUCCCAAAUUAACAUAAUUUUUUCUCUUUUGGCGCCCUUUCCUCGAACCCCUCCGCUAAAAGUCUGUCUGUCAAGAUUCCUCCCCACUGUUCUCGCUUCCGAUUCCUCACAAAUACGAACCCCAUUCCCCUCUUCUCUCUUUUCUAUUUCAAAAGUUUUAUGUAGUCAACUCAUUACACUGUUUUCACAAAUCACUUGAAUUUCUCUCUAUUUUCAAUGGCUUCUGAGGAACAGUUGUCUGCAAUUAAAGGUGCUAAAGUGCUAAUGGUUGGUGCUGGUGGUAUUGGUUGUGAGCUGCUUAAAACCCUCGCUCUUUCUGGGUUUGAAGACAUUCAUAUUAUUGACAUGGAUACGAUCGAAGUCAGUAACUUAAAUAGACAAUUCUUGUUUCGACAGAAACAUGUUGGACAAUCUAAGGCUAAAGUUGCUAGAGAGGCUGUCCUAAAAUUUAGGCCUCAUAUUAGAAUUACACCGUACCAUGCAAAUGUCAAAGAUCCAGACUUCAAUGUGGAUUUUUUCAAGCAAUUCAAUGUUGUGCUUAAUGGCCUUGACAAUCUAGAUGCUAGGCGACAUGUGAACCGCCUUUGUUUGGCAUCUGGUGUCCCAUUAGUUGAAAGUGGGACUACAGGCUUCCUCGGCCAGGUCACCGUGCAUGUGAAAGGUAAAACAGAAUGUUAUGAAUGUCAGCCUAAACCAGCUCCAAAAACUUACCCUGUCUGUACAAUCACAAGCACUCCAUCAAAGUUUGUUCACUGCAUCGUAUGGGCAAAAGACCUGCUAUUUACAAAGCUUUUUGGAGACAAGAAUCAAGAAAAUGACCUUAAUGUUCGUUCCACUGAUGCUUCAAGCUCGUCAGAACAUGCGGAAGAUGUUUUCGAGCGUAGAGCUGAUGAAGAUAUCGAGCAGUAUGGGAGGAGAAUAUAUGAUCAUGUUUUUGGUUACAACAUUGAAGUAGCAUUACGUAAUGAAGAGACGUGGAAGAACCGUCACAGGCCUAGACCUCUAUACACCAAAGAUGUAUUGCCACCACAACCAGUUGAACAGAAUGGAAACAAGGAUAAAGCUUCAAAAACUUGUGACCCCUCUUCAGUGUCUGCAAUGGCAUAUCUGGGCCUUAAAAAUCCUCAGGAUUUGUGGAGCCUAAGGGAAAAUUCUGAAGUAUUUCUCGAGGCAUUAAAGCUCUUUUUCUUGAAAAGAGAGAAGGAAAUUGGCCAAUUGGGUUUUGAUAAGGAUGACCAGUUGGCUGUAGAGUUUGUGACUUCUGCUGCAAAUAUUCGUGCCGCUUCUUUUGGGAUUCCAUUACAUAGCCUUUUUGAAGCUAAAGGUAUUGCUGGCAAUAUCGUGCAUGCCGUUGCAACGACAAAUGCCAUCAUUGCAGGGUUGAUUGUGCUUGAAGCAAUGAAGGUGUUGCAAAAUGAUGUAAAAAGCUACAGGAUGACUUAUUGCCUUGAGCAUUCCUCAAGAAAGAUGCUUCUCAUGCCAGUGGAGCCCUUUGAGCCAAACAAGUCUUGUUAUGUUUGUUCUGAGACACCUUUAACACUUGAGAUCAAUACUCAUCGUUCGAAGUUGAGGGAUUUUGUUGAGAAGGUUGUUAAAGCAAAACUUGGCAUGAGCCUCCCAUUGAUCAUGCAUGGGGUGGCACUUCUUUAUGAGGUGGGUGAUGAUCUUGAGGAAGAUGAGGUUGCCAAUUAUGCAGCAAACCUUGACAAGGUGCUGUCUGAGCUUCCCUCCCCGGUUACUGGUGGCACAAUUCUCACAGUUGAGGAUCUUCAGCAAGAGCUGAAAUGUAGCAUCAAUAUUAAGCACAGAGAAGAGUUUGAUGAGGAGAAAGAACCUGAUGAAAUGGUUCUUUCAGGAUGGACACCAGCUCUUGCAGCAGAAAAGAAAACCAAAACAUCUGACAAUGGCCCCAGCUCAUCCAAUGCAUCUCAGGCAAGUCAGCUGGAGCCAGAGGAUGAUGAUGAGUUAGAAAUUAUUCUCAAAGACCCUGAAAUUCUUUCUGCUGGGAAUAAAAGAAAGUUGUCUGACAUUUCAGACGCUGCCGAUUCAGAGGUAUCCCGUGUCACUGGUGAAAUGCAGACUAAAAGCCAUGUGGAAGAGGAUGAUACUCAUACUGAUACUGUCAUGCUUGAUGGAAAUUCAGACAUCAGCAAGAAAAAGAGGGUGCAAUAAUAAUUUCCAUGAUCUUAAUUCUAGCUGUGCUUCUAACUUUGUACGAUAUAGGGAAACAGUGAUUCUUUUUGCCACAUCCUAACUUAUGAGUUGUUGAUCUUUAGGUGCAAACUUCAUGAAGUUUUGAUACUGGCAUGAUGCCCCCAGUAACUCCAUUUCUAAUUGUCAUUUGUAGCAGUCUCGAUUCUGGCUUAACAGAUAUGACCGUUUAAGAAUGUAAUUGUCACUAUUUUACAAGGCACUUUCAAAUCGGGUCAUUUACUAUUG